GAAAAUAAGCGGUUUGUCAACUCAACAGCAAGAAGACGGAUAGUUUAAGUGGCACAGCUCCGUUUUAUGUCGUUUAAUUUGGAUUGUUAAACAACAGAAACUAAUUUAUAUGACCGUGUUAUUUUUGUCGUAGAAGAUGGUGCUUCAAAACAGCGGACGGUACAAAGCGGACCGAGGACCAAGUGGCGCAGAGCAGGAAAACCAGGAUGAUGGAUCUUCCGUAUCGGCCCUCAAGAGGCUGGAACGCAGCCAGCUCACAGACGAGAUGGACUUUCGCUUUGGCUUCGAGAGGAUGAAGGAGCCUGGCGAGAAAACAGGCUGGCUGAUUAACAUGCACCCUACUGAGAUCCUGGAUGAGGACAAGAGGAUGAUCAGCGCCGUUGACUAUUAUUUUAUUCAGGAGGAUGGAAGCAGGUUCAAGGUGGCCCUCCCCUUCAAGCCUUAUUUUUAUGUAGCCACUAAAAAGAACUGUGAGAGAGACGUCAUCUCAUUCUUGUCCAAAAAGUUUCAAGGAAAAGUAUCAAAGCUUGAGAUUUUCCCAAAAGAAGACCUAGACUUGCCGAACCAUCUGGUUGGACUUAAGAGAACUUACAUCAAGCUGUCAUUUAACACCGUAGAUGACCUCAUCAAGGUCAAACGUGAGAUUGCUCCGGCAGUUCGGAAGAACAGAGAGAAGGAGCAGUCUAAUGACACCUACACUUCUAUGUUGUCAAGUGCCUUAUCAGGUGGAAAUGUGACAUCGGAAGACAAAGACAGGACACUAAAGAAUAUUUCAGACCAGCUAGACAAUAUUGUGGACAUGAGAGAGUAUGACGUGCCCUACCACGUGCGAUUAUCCAUCGAUCUCAAGAUCCACGUGGCUCACUGGUACAAUGUUCGAUACAGAAGCAGCGCGUACCCACCAGAGAUUGUGAGGAGAGACGAUCUUGUGGAGCGACCAGACCCUGUUGUUUUAGCUUUUGAUAUUGAGACCACCAAACUUCCACUCAAAUUCCCUGAUGCAGAGACUGAUCAGAUUAUGAUGAUCUCCUACAUGAUUGAUGGACAGGGGUUUCUAAUAACAAACAGAGAGAUUGUCUCUGAAAACAUUGAGGAUUUUGAGUUCACUCCAAAGCCUGAGUAUGAAGGGCCAUUCAUUGUUUUCAAUGAGGAUGAUGAGGCAGCCCUUAUUCAGAGGUGGUUUGAUCAUGUUCAAGAAACCAAGCCAAACAUAUUUGUAACCUACAACGGAGACUUUUUUGACUGGCCUUUUGUGGAGGCACGAGCUGCCCUCCAUGGGCUGAGCAUGUACAGAGAGAUCGGUUUCCAAAAGGACAGCCAGGGAGAGUACAAGUCCAGUCAGGCCAUCCACAUGGACUGCUUAAGGUGGGUAAAGCGUGACAGCUACCUCCCUGUGGGAAGCCAUAAUCUGAAAGCAGCAGCGAAGGCUAAACUGAGCUAUGAUCCUGUGGAGCUGGACCCAGAGGAGAUGUGCCGCAUGGCAACAGAGGAGCCACAAGUACAGAAUUUUACAACAGAAAAAAAUAUUUUUGAUUGUUUUGUGCUGCGUAAAGGUUCUGGCACUUUGUGUGAGGCCUUGCUCAUGGUGCAGGCCUUCCAUGCCAACAUCAUCUUCCCCAACAAACAAGAGCAGAUUUUCAACAAACUGACAGACGACGGCCAUGUCUUGGACUCUGAGACUUAUGUGGGUGGCCACGUGGAGGCCCUGGAGUCCGGUGUAUUCCGAAGUGACAUCCCCUGCCGGUUCAAAAUGAACCCAGCAGCAUUUGACUUCCUGCUGCAAAGAGUUGACAAAACGAUGCACCAUGCCAUUGAAGAAGAGGAAAAAAUCCCAUUUGACCAAGUAACUAAUUUUAACGAGGUUUGUGAUGAGAUCAAGCAGAAGCUGACUUCCCUAAAAGAGGUUCCAAACAGGAUCGAAUGCCCACUAAUCUACCAUCUGGAUGUUGGUGCGAUGUAUCCCAAUAUUAUCCUUACGAAUCGCUUGCAGCCAUCUGCUAUGGUUGAUGAGGCUACUUGUGCUGCUUGUGACUUUAACAAACCUGGAGCCACCUGUCAGAGGAGGAUGACGUGGCACUGGCGAGGAGAAAUCAUGCCUGCCAGCCGUAGCGAGUUUCAUCGCAUCCAACAGCAACUGGAGUCGGAGAAAUUUUCACCAUUGUUCCCCAACGGUCCACCUCGAGCUUUCCACACACUCACCCGAGAGGAACAGGCCAAGCAUGAGAAGAAACGAUUAGCAGACUACUGCAAGAAAGCUUAUAAGAAGACACACGUCACUCGUCUGGAGGAGCGAGUCACCACCAUCUGUCAGAGAGAAAACUCCUUCUACGUCGACACAGUGAGAGCUUUCAGAGAUCGGCGUUAUGAAUUUAAAGGGCUGCACAAGGUGUGGAAGAAGAAGCUAUCAGCAGCCCAGGACAGUGGAGAUGCUGCUGAGGUGAAGCGCUGCAAAAACAUGGAGAUCCUAUAUGAUUCUCUUCAGCUGGCUCACAAGUGUAUUCUCAAUUCUUUCUAUGGUUAUGUCAUGAGGAAAGGGGCGCGAUGGUAUUCCAUGGAGAUGGCUGGGAUUGUGUGCUACACUGGAGCCAGUAUUAUCACUCAGGCCAGAGAGCUCAUUGAACAGAUAGGGAGGCCCCUUGAGUUGGACACUGAUGGUAUCUGGUGUGUCCUCCCCAACACUUUCCCUGAGAACUUUGUAAUAAAGACCAGCAAUGAGAAGAAGCCGAAGGUGACCAUCUCGUACCCAGGGGCCAUGCUAAACAUCUUGGUGAAGGAGGGCUUCACUAAUGAUCAGUACCAUGAGCUGGUCGACCCUGCUUCCCUCACUUACAACAUCAGGUCAGAGAACAGCAUCUUCUUCGAGGUGGAUGGACCAUACCUGGCUAUGAUCCUGCCCGCAUCUAAAGAGGAGGGAAAGAAGCUGAAAAAAAGAUAUGCUGUGUUUAAUGAGGAUGGCUCUCUGGCUGAACUGAAGGGAUUUGAAGUCAAGAGAAGAGGAGAGCUUCAGCUCAUUAAAAUUUUUCAGUCCUCUGUUUUUGAGGCUUUCCUCAAAGGUACCACGCUAGAGGAAGUCUACGCCUCUGUAGCUAAAGUGGCUGACUACUGGCUGGACGUGCUGUACAGCAAGGCUGCCAACAUGCCAGAUGCUGAGCUAUUUGACCUGAUUUCAGAGAAUCGUUCAAUGUCCAGAAAGCUGGAGGACUAUGGGGAGCAGAAAUCCACUUCGAUCAGCACAGCUAAGAGACUGGCAGAGUUCCUAGGAGACCAAAUGGUGAAAGAUGCCGGACUAAGCUGUCGCUACGUUAUCUCUCGAAAACCAGAAGGCUCUCCAGUCACAGAGAGAGCCAUUCCACUGGCCAUAUUUCAAGCAGAGUCCAGUGUGAAGAAGCAUUUCCUUCGUAAGUGGUUGAAGAUGCCCAGCCUGCAUGACUUGGACAUCCGCUCUAUCCUUGACUGGAGCUAUUACAUUGAGAGGCUGGGUAGUGCCAUUCAGAAAAUCAUCACAAUUCCUGCCGCUCUUCAACAAGUGAAAAACCCUGUGCCCAGAGUGAGGCAUCCUGACUGGCUUCACAAGAAGCUCUUGGAGAAAAAUGAUAUCUACAAGCAAAAGAAAAUCAAUGAGCUGUUCACCAGUGAGGGCAAGAGGCAGGUAGCCCAUCAGCUUCCUGUGGCAGGACAAGCUGCUGACAUUGAGGACUUUGGGACGCCACCCCAACCUUUGCAACCUGCCGUCCUGAUCAGCACUAAGCGCAAGCGCACUUCACAAGGAGAGAAUAGCCAGGUGGAAUCCCAGGAUGUUGAACUCACCCAGUCCUGGAGAGAGAUUUUGGGGCCACCACCACCCACUGGAACAACACGGGAGGAGCGUCUUGUUUGGCUUCGCUAUCAUAAGAAAAAAUGGGAGCUACAGUUGAGGCAGAGGAAGGAGAGAAGGAAGAGGAGAAGGCUCUUGGAUGGCGAGGCACAGCCAGUAGGGGGCGGGGUGAUCAGAGACGGCCCCAUCACGGGCCUCGGAAGCUUCCUGCGCAGAACGGCACGCAGCAUCCUGGACAUGCCCUGGCAGAUUGUGCAGAUUGCUGAAACCUGCAACCCUGGUCUGUUCAAGUUGUGGGCUGUGAUUGGAAAUGACCUCCACUGCAUGAAGCUCAACAUCCCUCGUGUUUUCUAUGUAAACCAGAAAGUCCCCAAACUGGAGGAAGGAGCCACAUACAAAAAGGUGAACCGUAUGCUGCCUCGCUCCAAUGUGGUGUACUACCUUUAUGAAUACUGUGUACCAGAGGAUAUGUACCAGGAGCAUAUCAAUGAGAUCAAUGCUGACCUCUCUGCCCCAGACAUUGAAGGAGUUUAUGAAACACAGGUCCCUUUGCUGUUCCGUGCACUGGUGCAGCUUGGUUGUGUAUGUAUGGUGAACAAACAUGUUGUGAGGGACAUGGCUGGCAGGGAUGCUGACACAUUUGACUUGGCACAUCUAGAGAUGAGGUCUCUGGCCCAGUUCAGCUACCUAGAACCUGGGAGUGUUCGCCACAUGUACUUUUACCAUCACAGCCAUGGUCAUAAGGCACUGUUUGGCUUGUUCAUCCCCUCGCAGCGCAAGGCUAGCAUCUUUGUACUGGAUACUGUCCGAAGUAACCAGAUGCCAAACCUGAGCAACCUCUACACAGCUGAGCGUACUGCUUUACUGGAGAAGACGACUGAAGAGCUCCUACCUCCAGAGAAACACACCUUUGAGGUCCGAGCUGAAAAUGAUGUGAAGGCAGUCCAUCGUGCACUGCAACGCAUAUUACUAAGUUAUAAGGAGGAGCGCCGCGGUCCUACUCUUAUUGCAGUGCAAUCAAACUGGGAGCUACGACGAUUGACAGCUGGGGUGCCCGUGCUUGAAGAGUUCCCGGUGAUUCCAGUGCAUGUUGUUGAUGAGAUCAGCUACAAUGUGUUGGACUGGCAACGCCAUGGUGCCAGACGCAUGAUCCGCCACUACCUCAAUCUGGACAGUUGUCUGUCGCAGGCUUUUGACAUGGCCAGGUAUUACCACUUACCAGUGGGCAACUUGCCUCAUGAUGUGUCCAUCUUUGGCUCAGACUUGUUCCUUGGAAGGCAUCUGCGAAAACACAACCACCUGCUGUGGCUUUCACCCACAGCCAGGCCUGACCUUGGUGGAAAAGAGGCUGAUGACAGUCGCUUGGUUAUGGAAAGUGAUGACAGAGGCUCAGUGGAGAUCAAUGCACAAGGAUGCUAUUCCACAGUGUGUGUGGAGCUGGACCUGCAAAGCCUGGCGGUAAACACAAUCCUCCAGUCACAGCAUGUCAAUGACAUGGAGGGCGGAGCCAGUCUCGGUGUGAGUUUUGACGUGAUCCAACAGGCCUCACUGGAGGAUAUGAUGUCAGGAAAUCAGGGUGCCAGUGCCAUAGCCAGCUAUGACGAGACGGCCCUGUGCUCCAACACCUUCAGGAUCUUGAAGAGCAUGGUGGUGGGCUGGGUCAGGGAGAUCACGCAGUACCACAAUGUGUACGCAGACAACCAGGUGAUGCACUUCUACCGCUGGCUACACUCACCCAGCUCUCUGCUGUAUGACCCUGCGCUCCACCGCACGCUGCACAACAUGAUGAAGAAAGUGUUUCUCCAGUUGGUCACAGAGUUCAAACGUCUUGGCUCCACUGUGGUUUAUGGAAACUUUAACAGGAUCAUCUUGUGUACUAAGAAACGGCGGAUAGAUGAUGCCAUUGGCUAUGUAGACUACAUCACCAACAGCAUACACUCCAAAGAAAUCUUCCACUCCUUGUCGAUCACUUUCUCCCGGUGCUGGGAGUUCUUGCUGUGGAUGGACCCGGCCAACUAUGGUGGUGUGAAGGGCAAAUUUCCCUCCAGGAUCUUGUAUGGAGAGGAAGAAGCCACUAAGAAAAAUAAAAGACAGGGGGAUGAAGAUGGAAGUGAGGAUGAAGGUGAUGAUGACGCUGAAGAUGAGGAAGAUGAUGGAGAUGGUGAGCUGGAUGAGGUGGAGGAGUUGAUUGAAAGCAACUGGAACAUCAUGCAGUACCUUCCCCAAACUGCCUCCUGUCAGAAAUACUUCCUUAUGAUUGUGUCAGCCUACAUUGCAGCUGUUUACCAUAGCAUGAAGGAGGAGCUGAGGCGUAACACCCCUGGAGCCACACCGGUUAGGAGACGGGGAGUCAGCCAGAUUUCCCAGCAGGCAGUGGGGGACUUGAGUGCUCUUCCUGGGAUGAUCUCCUUCUCUCAGGAUUAUGUGUCCAGUGAGCUGACACAGAACUUUUUCACCAUCACUCAAAAAAUCCAGAAGAAAGUUACGGGUACCAGGAAUGUUACACAGCCCUCUGAGAUGUUCCCUGUCCUGCCUGGUUCCCAUCUGCCCCUCAGCAAUCCAGCACUGGAGUUCAUAAAAUAUGUUUGUCAGGUCCUUUCACUGGAUGCCAAUAUCAUCAACCAGGUGAACAAGUUGAAGAGAGACCUUCUGCGACUCGUGGACAUUGGCGAGUUCUCAGAGGAAGCUCAGUUCCGUGAUCCCUGUAACUCCUACAUUUUGCCUGAAGUCAUCUGCCACCACUGCAAUUUCUGUCGUGACCUUGACCUCUGCAAGGACCCCUCUGUGGCACACGAUGGAUUAGUCCUGCCUCAGUGGUUCUGCUCCAAUUGUCAGGCUCAGUAUGAGACAGAGUCUAUUGAGAUGGGUUUGGUGGAAGCUCUGCAGAAGAAACUAAUGAGCUACACUCUGCAAGACCUGGUGUGCACCAAAUGCAAAGGGGUGAAGGAAUCAAACAUGCCGAUCUACUGCAAAUGUGCUGGAGACUUUGACCUCACCUUUUCAGCCAAGAGUUUCUCUGAGCAGAUCACAGUGUUUCGGAACAUAGCAUCCCACUACAACAUGAGCUUUCUGGAGGAAACCAUUAACUGGCUGCUUAUUAUGAGCCCACAGAUCAGCCAGAACACUCAUUAAUGUCACAUCCACUGCAGAGAGCCACAUCCUCGGCUCCUGCUAAUUUAUUUCAAGUCUACAAAAUAUUGGAUUCUGACUCUUUUGAUGUCACUGCUGAUGCUCUUCUUCAUUACACUUGAUGAGUUCUGUUUCAGUGACGUGGUUGAUUGUGUGCAAUAUGGAUGCUGAUAGGACUGGUUUGAAGAGAAAUGAGUGGACUGUAGAAAUGGUUUCAUCUAUUUAGUAUUAUACUGUAUGUACUAAUUUCAAGAUUGGACUGUCAAUAAAUAUCCUGUCUUUAAGCUGCA